AUGGAUGUUUUCUUCAUAAAUGACACCUUUACGCGAGAGUGUAAUCUACGGCCACUCGAGCACGCAAACAAUUUUCGCUUCAUUUUGGUGGGAGUGAUUGGAGCGGUGAUUGCAAUGUUGGCCAUUCUCUUCAACAUCAUCGUUUGCUAUAUUUUCUUGAAUUCGCGCAAGUUGAGGCGACAAAACUACGCGAAUCCAGUCCUAUUAGCCACUUUCGAUAUCAUCGUCUCAUUUUGUUAUAUAAUUCUACAAUCGAUACAAGUUAUUGGAUACAGAUUUCGUUUUGAGUCAAUGAUCAUGGCUUGGAUUCACUAUGUCAGAGUUGCUAAUUGUUUACAGCAUAUUUGCGUGAAUAUCUGCAAUUUUUUGCUAGUGAUCGCCAGUAUUGAGCGCCUUUUCGCUAACUGUUCUGAUGGGGCACAGAAAAACCUCUUGGUUUUUAUGGUGAGACGAAAAGUUUUCGUGACAUCUGGCGCCGUGCUUUUUUCCAUCAUUUUCAAGGGGACACUCUUUUUAGAGACAACUAUAUUGCAUUUACCGAAUUGUGAGCUAUUGGAAAGCUACAUUCCCGUUUGGGCUGAGAUGAACUCACACUGGGACACGAUGAGAUUCUGGUCAAGAAAGAUUUUCACCGUCUUGGUUCCAUUCAUUUCGUUGAUCUAUUGCAAUGCUCGAAUCGUGAUCCAAUUACGCGAAAAGCACGAAGAGACACGCGAACAAUCGAUGAAGAAACGAUCACUUCGAGGAGCACUGCUCACAACUGGAUCAAUUCGCAAACACUACAAUGAGAAGAAAGGUGUCAGAGUUGCAACAAGAACCCUUCUCUUGGUUGUUGGCUGUUAUCUGAUCUCAAAUCUCAUCUCAACCAUUGUCAACUUUUGGUUGUUUUUCGAUCCAGUCACUCUUGAAAGUAACUACUAUCUUUAUUUGGUCAUCUCCGAUUUCUCGACUUUGCUCACAAUCUGUGGCUGUGCUUGCCGUUUACCGAUCUAUUGUGUAGCGGAUAAAAGGAUAAGAAAAGCGCUGAUGAGAGCUUUACUCAGAUGGCAACAUAAAGCACGACCAAUUGAGGUGCUCGAAAGAAACCUUGAAAAGUAUUCGAUUGUUGUCGUCUCGAACAGUCUUCGCAGUAAUCUCACCAAUCAACCACAAAUGUUUAAUAGUCAGGACUUGGUGAAUGGUCGACCGAGAGCCAGAGACGAGUUGGCACUACUUUUACAGAAUCGCCGGAAGAUUCUUGUCGACAUGACGCUCAUCCUGGGCACCGAUCGGGGUCCAAUAAUUGAAGAGGAGACUACGGCCGAGGUCACCUAUUUGACGGAUCUCCAUGAGGAGCAUCAAGAAUUGCUCAAACCGCGUCGACCGAGCAAAUUUCGAGAAAUGCUCGCAAAUAUC